UGAGCCGAAGGAUGCAGGUUAAAAAUCCGAUCUGCACCGAGCGGAGCAGCACCGACGACCCGGAGCAGGAUGACAAUCAGAAGAAGACCUCGUGCUUUUCUAACAUCAAGAUUUUCCUGGUGUCGGAAUGUGCGCUCAUGUUGGCACAGGGCACCGUGGGCGCCUAUUUGGUAAGUGUUCUGACCACUCUGGAGAGACGCUUCAACCUCCAGAGUGCAGAUGUGGGGGUCAUAGCCAGCAGCUUUGAGAUCGGCAACCUGGCCCUCAUCCUGUUUGUCAGCUACUUUGGCGCCAAGGCCCACAGACCCAGACUGAUUGGCUGCGGCGGGAUCGUCAUGGCGUUGGGGGCCCUGCUGUCAGCCCUGCCGGAGUUCCUGACCCAUCAGUAUGAGUACGAGGCCGGGGACUCGUGGCACGCCGAGGACGGCAGGGACGUCUGCUCCAACACCACCAGGUCAGAAAACCGAGACUCGGGGUUUAAAUGUGGCAACAGAGCCAACACCAACAUGAUGUACCUUCUGCUGAUCGGAGCCCAGGUUCUGCUCGGCAUCGGAGCCACACCGGUCCAGCCUCUGGGAGUGUCCUACAUCGAUGACCAUGUCCACAGGAAGGACUCCUCGCUGUAUAUAGGUAUUUUAUUUUCAACAUUAGUGUUCGGUCCGGCCUGUGGCUUCAUCUUAGGUUCUGUCUGUACCAAAGUCUACGUGGAUGCGGUCUUCAUCGACACUAGUAAGCUGGACAUCACCCCAGAUGACCCUCGCUGGAUCGGGGCGUGGUGGGCCGGCUUCCUCCUUUGUGGUGCCUUACUCUUCCUGUCGGCUCUCUUCAUGUUCGGCUUCCCCCAGGCGCUGGACGAGCAGGACAUGGACGGUGGGGGGGAGAGUGAGCAGGCCAUGCUGCCUUCUUCCCUGACCAUGGAUUACCAGGGCUCUAAACCCAACGGAGCCAUUCAUGGCUUCGAUAUAAACAGCGGACUCUCGGUUUGUGAGCAUCUGAGAGUGAUCCCCCGGGUAACCCGGCACCUUCUGUCCAAUCCGGUGUUCAGCUGCAUCACGCUGGCAGCCUGCAUGGAGAUCGCGGUGGUUGCUGGCUUUGCUGCCUUCCUGGGCAAAUACCUGGAGCAGCAGUUCAACCUUACCACCUCUUCAGCCAAUCAGCUGCUAGGUAUGACAGCCAUCCCCUGUGCCUGUCUGGGGAUCUUCCUGGGGGGGCUGCUGGUGAAGAAGCUGAACCUGUCAGCUCUGGGCGCUGUGCGCAUGGCCAUGAUGGUCAACCUGGUGUCCACUGCAUGCUACGUCUCGUUUCUCUUCUUGGGCUGUGACACCGGCCCUGUCGCCGGUGUUACUGUAGCCUACGGCAACGAGACAUUGCUUUCCUGGCAGCGACCUGAGUCAGCGUGCAUCAAUAACUGUAACUGCUACACAGCGUCAGUGAGCCCUGUCUGUGGUUCCAAUGGAAUCACCUACCUCUCAGCCUGCUUCGCUGGCUGCACCAAACCAAACCUGACCGGCUGCACCUGUAUCUCCAGCACCAGUGAAGACGCCGUGGCUUUACCAGGGAAGUGUCCCAGUCCAGGCUGUCAGCAGGCCUUCCUCACCUUCCUUUGUGUUAUCUGUGUGUGCAGCAUGAUCGGAGCUAUGGCCCAGACACCCUCGGUCAUCAUCCUGAUCAGAACUGUAAGUCCAGAGCUGAAAUCUUAUGCGCUUGGAGUUCUCUUCCUGCUCCUGAGACUGAUAGGCUUCAUCCCUCCACCUCUGAUCUUCGGCAUGGGCAUUGACUCCACCUGCCUGUUCUGGAGCUCUGUCUGCGGCGAGAAGGGCGCCUGCAUGCUGUACGACAACGUGGCCUACAGGCAUCUGUACGUCAGCAUAGCCAUCGUCCUCAAGUCCUCUGCCUUCGUCCUGUACACAACCACGUGGCAGUGUUUGAGAAAGAACUACAGGAAAUACAUCAAGAACAGCGAGGGUUACCUCACACCCACUGAACUCUUUGCCUCCAAUGUGACUCUGGACAAUUUGGGCAAGGAGAUCACCCAGAACCCAGCCAACAGGACAAAGUUCAUAUACAACCUGGAGGACCAAGAGAUGUGUGACAACACGGAGUCAGUUUUAUAGUGGCUGUCUGCUGGAUCUGCAGACUGGAGCUGAGGCUGUAAAUGUGCAACUGAUCUGAUUUCCUUUGGGGUCGUGUCAGUAAGGGUCUUAUCUUCUUCUCAUAUAAAACAUCAGACAUAAGGGAAAAACUGAAGAGAUGUUUCUCAAAAUGUUCUAUAUCCACACUGCACUUUUUUACAAAAAUACAGGUUUUGUUUUACAUUUCCUUAAUUUGACAGCAGAGUAGAGAUUGAGAGCAAACACGGGGAAAGUAACAACGUGGAAUAACGCCCCUGAAAUCUUCUUUAGACCAACUUCAGUUCAAGUUGCCGUCAUGUUAGGUUUAGGUUCAUUAGGAGACCAGAGCUCUGUGAGAAGAAGAAACCUGACAUUGGGGUUAUUCAGUAGCUUUAUUAGACAGUUCAUGUUUUAAGAGAAGGAAGUGCUUCUCAGGUCCAGAUGCCAGAUAGAAAGAAUGACAGUCAUCAUAGUUGUUCGUAAUAACUGAUGCAUAUUUUAGCUCAUGGUUGGAGUGCUUUUCCAGACAAACAGAACAUAUCAUUGUAACUAUAGGAAAGCCAACUACAGACUUAUUAACAGACUUGUGUGUUCCCUCGAUCAAUUCUUUAAAAGUUUAACAAAAGAAAUAGGAAAAAACAGACAUUGAACGUGCAUUGAAUAAAGAGGAACAUCACACAAGAAGCUAAAAGGCCCCCCAACAAAUCAGCAACAACAAGAACUAGGAGUACAGGAAGAGGCGUAAUCCUAGUAACUUAUUCCAUUAGCAGCAGAGAGGUCCAGACUACAUGGCUGCAUGGUCUCAGAGCAUCGGGGUCAGUAUAGAUACAAUAUGGACCCCAAUUCAUUUCUAACCUAUUACACAAUGCCUGCAUUUUUCUUUCAUCUUAACACACUUAGCAGUGGAAAUGAAUGGAAGAUGUAGUUUUGAAAAUAAAUUGUGCUUGUACGUUUAUUGUUCAAUAUCUUCUCAAAAGUGAAGAUUACAACAAAACUGAUGCAGAAAGUCACUUUUUUUGUCACCAGUGAUUUUGGUAGAGAGGUCCCUGUGCCUCAGAGGGUGGAUAUUCCAUUUUGAAACCAAACUCUUCAGUUUGAGUUGCACAAAUUAUUCAGAUUAAAAAAGACAAAUAAGGAACCGAGUCCUUCAGUGUGAUCUGCCCGUUCUUGGUCUAGAGGUUCAGGACAUUUGUUGGAGUUGAGCCAGUAUGUUACAAUGAUCCCUUUACUGUGUCAUAGUGUGGAGUUUUUCUAUGAAUGCUGGACGAGAUUCGGAGACAAAUGUUCACUUUCAGAGUCACAGAAUGUUUUUUUUUUUACAUCUCACCAUUUUGUUGAAAUGGCAUUUUUAGAAAUUAGGUGAAACUUUCAAAAGUAAAAAUGAUCUAAAAAGCAACAGACUGUGAGAGAGGAUAGAGGAGUUUGGGGGCCCACCUAUGAAUACAUGAGCUGAUUCACUAACUGAACCUGUGACAUUUCAGUUACAUGACUAUCUCUCCAUCCACUGAUUAGACCGUACCACCAUUAUAAAUCUGCCAGGAACACUCAUGUCAAUGACAGAUGGAGACAGAAAUAUAGUUUGACUUGGUGGUGUAAUUCUACUCCUAGGGGAUGCCCCCUGCAGCAGUAAUGCAUGGAAUACACAGCAACAUGACAAAUAAGCAAGGAACGGUGCAAAUAAGACUCUCCAGGGUACAUGUAUGUAGUAGGGCCAAAGCUGUUGGAGGCUGUGGGGGAGGAGGCCUUCGACAAAACAAUCAGGAACAGCAGCAAAGCUCACAUGAGCGUACAGAGUGUAAGGGCAUUUAAGUAGAACGCCAAGUCAAGGCAGUGAGACAUGCUGAUUGUGGUAGGCUAGCUGUCAGCAGACACAGCAUAGCAUGCCGCACAGUGUCCAGCCACAAUUAGUUCAUUUAAAGCAUGCUGGUAAUGCAUGCAAUGAAAAAAUAUAUAUAUAUAUUUAGUAUGUCACUAAGCUGCACAGACUCUGUGGUUUGGUGGUAUUGGUUAAAUGCACAUUUAACUUCAAUGGCCACUCAAUUCUAUCUAAGACCAUGGAAAAGCUUUAUAAUGCAUACUGCAUUGUGAUGUUGAACAUUUUAGCAAACCUCAGCUGACUCUCAAUCACUCACACUGCAGUGGUUGUCUAAACACAGAUUGGUUUUUUUUCAAAAUGGUUAUUUUGUUUUUAGGAAUUCUACGGGAUUCUGAUUUCUGACAUAUCCAGUUUAUAGAGAGAAUAUAUUGUUUUUUCCUGGCUUACUUUGUAAGUAUUUAAUAUGUUUUGCAUCAAAAAUACGGACCUUUGUCCAGCCACUGACCAUCGCAAUAGUCUAGAUAUCAUCCCUUUGAUGUUUGGAGGCAGGGGUUAAAGGAGUGUUUUAACAUUUUGUAAAAAAAAAUUACAAAAGAAGAAAAAAAACGAGGAUUAGACAAAUAGAAUGAUACCACUCUCAUAUUUGAAUAGUAAAUAUGAAGCUAGAGUUAGCAUUAGCUUAGCUUAAAGACUGAAGGUGGGGGCAACGUGCUAGUCGGGCUUUCAGUAACAAAACAAAACAAAAAAACACUACCAUCCUAAAGCAAUUUUUUUAUCAAUCCAUACUAAACUGUAAAAACAAGUUGUUGCCUUUGGUGGUUGCCUGGCAACACUACAGGGGUGACGAGAGUCCAGGAAGUCCCCGCACCGCCAAGGAACAGUCGUGCACACAACUCCUCCGUCAAAGUGAAACGUGUCUGGUUUUUGGACGGUUUAAGGAAAUUAGAUUUGAGUUAAUAGAUUAAGAGAUGCUGCUAGGUAGAUUUUAGUUCCAGAGCUAGCCUAACAGUUUCUCCCAUUUUCUAUCUUUUUGCUAAGCUAAGCUAACCAACUGCUAGUUGUACUCUACACACAUGAGAGUGGAAUCAAGCUUCUUGUCUGACUCUCUGCAAGAAAGCAAAUGAACGUAAUUCCUAAAAUGUUGAGCUGUUCUUGUAAGUUAAAGUUCCCUGAUUCAGUCUCAUGUUUUAUGAGUACAUUUCUUUUGCAAAUGGUGGAAUUUAUCUUGGAUCCACUUUACUCAUAUGAUGUAUUUGGUUUGGCACUUCAGUGAACACAAAGUAGAAGAUUUAAGGUAUACAUUGAUGAUGCUUUAGCAUCAUAAAUAAUAAAAAGAAUAUGAUAUAAAAUGGGAAAAAGAGACAGUUGUUAGAGACAGAUGGAGAUCAACAAUGACAGAGCCAUGCGUGACUAAUGUCUGCUUGGUGUGAUGGGAACUAAGAGAGUAUAAAUACAGAUUUUUAGCACAGCAGUGAAAAUUCAUAACAUUUUUUUUUGCUUGAAACAGUUUCCAAGCUCAGAACUUGACUGUCCCUGAUGGGAGGUUUGUCUCCUAGCAGGACAUUCAGGACAGCUGGACAUUAUGCUAAGAUGUAAUAAC